AUGCCAAGAUCAUUAUCUACAGCUGUGCUUUUCAGCAGCCUUGCCUUGGCAAGUGCCAAUGGCCACAACAGCACGUAUACCAAUCCGAUUCUACCAGGCUUCCAUCCCGAUCCCAGCUGCAUAUUUGUUCCAUCAUGGGAUAAUACAUAUUUUUGUGCCUCGAGCAGCUUCAACGCUUUCCCAGGGAUACCUAUUCAUGCAUCCAAGGACUUGCGAAACUGGAAACUGGUCGGAAAUGCCAUUUCGAGGCCAGAGAUGCUGCCUGAUUUGGCGACGACGAUAAAGUCGACCAGCGGUAUAUGGGCGCCGACAUUGAGGUACCGCGAAGGACACGGAGAUAAAAAAGGCACAUUCUGGAUCAGUACGACUUUGGUUUUUGAUAACAUGGCAAUCAAUAAUACCUCGCGUUGGGAGAAUUUCUUUAUAAGCACAAACGACCCUUUCGACUCGGGCAGCUGGACCGAUCCCGUGCAUUUUGAAUUUGGCGGAUAUGAUACCUCUUUGUUCUGGGACGAUGAUGGACAGGUCUACGUGACCGGGAGUCAUGAAUACCAAGUCUGGCCUGGUAUUCAAACUGCGCCUAUUGACUUGCAGACGGGUCACACAGGUCCAUGGACCAACCCUUGGAAUGGCACGGGAGCAUUGGCGCCGGAAGGACCCCACAUAUACAAGAAAGAUGGAUAUUACUACUUGAUGAUUGCCGAAGGCGGAACAGGGUCGGGUCACAGGGUCACCAUGGCACGAUCGAAGAGUCUCAAUGGACACUAUGAGCCUGCGCCUCACAAUCCAUUACUUACCGCGACUAACACAACGGCAUUCUUUCAGACAGUGGGACAUGCUGAUCUGUUUCAAGAUGUCAACGGCAACUGGUGGGCAGUCGCUUUGUCUACACGAGCUGGACCUGACCUCACGAACUCUCCGAUGGGAAGGGAGACAGUCUUGACCCCUGUUACCUGGAACAAGGGCGAUUGGCCAAUUUUUGAGCCUGUGAGCGGCUUGGAAAGUGGAUGGGAACUUCCCUCAGAACCGAUACUCGUCUCUGAAGGCGAGGGUCCUCUCGUGGAUGCACCAGAUCAUUAUAAAUUUCCGCCAAACUCCAAAUUGCCGUUAGAUCUGAUUCACUGGCGACUCCCAACACCGGAUACUUAUCUUGUAUCGCCGCCAGGUUACGAAAACUCACUGGUUCUUCGUUCGUCAGUGUUGAAUUUGACCUCCCUCGAUGGAGUGUCCACAGGCGGCAAAGGACAGACAUUCAUCGGCAAACGGCAGACAGACAACUUGUUCUCGUACACACUGGACAUUAACGCUUCCAAUCUCAGCAAAGAGGAAGAUGAAGUGGGCGUCAGCGUCUUCUUGGUACAAACAUUCCAUUUCGACCUAGGCAUCGUUCUACUUCCCCAGACAGGAGAAAACAGCAAAUCUGCUGAAACUGCACCCUUUUUCCGUUUCCGUGGAAUGUCGGAGUUUCCUACGCCAGAGACGGUGGUCCCGUUUCCAUCAUACAUGUCUAUUGACACGCCGAUCACUAUCGAGGUAAAGGCAUUGAACUGGACCCAUUAUUCAUUUGCAGCAGGGCCGCGCGAUGCUCAACAUCUUAUGCAGACGUACGGAUAUGCACGCGGAGAUCAGUUGAGCUGGGGGUUUACGGGGACAUUGGUAGGUCCAUAUGCAACGACGAAUGGUCGACCUGGGAGUCAGAAUGGCGCAUUCGAGGUCGCAGUUGGCAAUUGGACAUAUCUUCCCCAGGGGCAGGUUAUCAACUGA